AUGAGUGAUCGAAACACAAUUCCAACAAUGUUGGAUUUAAGAAGAUGGACAGCUACUCUGUCCGGUGCUUCUUUACCGAAGAUUUCCAUUAGGAGUAUGCUAAAGAACCGGGAAAUAGGUCGACGUAGAAAGCCAACAAAUCGUCGUCUGUCGUUUAUGCCAAAUAUAUCCAAUAGUUUCACACUGAGUGAGAAAGCUAAACUCGUCAAUAGAUUUCUGCCCAACGAAUGGAAACUGAUCACAAUGACUAAUUCUGAAUUGUUCCGCUGUUCUCACGUACAAGAUGAGGGAUUCGUUACUUUAGAUAAAGCAAAAAUAUUACGCUUUUAUGCCGAAGAACAAUCAGAAUAUGAAUUAAUGAAUAGCUUUCAUUUAGUAAAUACGGAAGGAGCUAUUAAUGAUUUAGCUCGCAGUACGAGGGGUGAUCAAUUAGCAUACGUAACUUCUAAUGCAUAUCG